AUGUCACAGCCGUAUGAGAAAGACGUGAAAAGCGUCGUCGUCGUUAGCGAAAGCGAUGGCAACGGCCCUGGGUCGAAGACACGGCCUCUGGACGUAGAGGAUUCGGGAUAUGUCGAAUCUAAACGGUCAUGGAGGUCUUAUCUCUGGUCUUCCGCAGCGCUCGAUGUUCCCAAGGAAGAAGCCCAAUUUCUCACCAAGCUGGACCUAACGCUUAUAUCGGCCUCAGCUCUGGGUGUCAUGUGCCGUUAUCUUGACCAAGCCAACAUCACGAACGCCUUUAACCGUACAGACAGUGGCAUGAAGGAAGAUCUGUCCCUUUACGGAAACGAGCUCAAUUAUGCCAACGCAAUUUGGAGCGCAGCAUAUGUAUUUGGACAGAUUCCAUCGAAUCUUAUUCUUACCCGAGUCAACGCCCCUUUAUACAUCGCCUUUCUUGAAUUUGGAUGGACCGUUUUCACCUUUGCAACUGCCGGCGCCAAGGACGUGAACCAGAUCUACGUCUUCCGCUUCUUUGUUGGGUUGUUUGAGUCUGGCCACUUUCCAGCUGUCAUCUACGUGUGUUCAAGCUACUAUAAACCUCACGAACUAGCUCGACGCAAUACCUUGAUCCAAGUAUUCACUGGAGUCGGACCCCUGUUUUCGGGCUUCCUGAUGGCAGCGGUAUAUAGCGGACUGAAUGGAGUUCAUGGUCUUCCUGGGUGGCGAUGGAUGUUCAUCGUAUGCGGAUGUGUUUCGUUUCCUUGUGCAGUCUGGACAGCUGUCGCAAUGCCCCAGCUUCCCAGCCGAGCAAAGCCUAAUUGGAUCUUCACGCAAAAAGAAGUUGAUUUGGCCCGUGCUCGUAUGCCCACUGAAGCGAAAGUUCGUACUGGCCUGUUCAAAUGGCAAGAUAUCAAGCGCUGGCAUGCGACUUGGCACGUCUACCUCUUAAAGUUCCCCUCUUCUUUGCCCUCCUCGCUCAGUUUGGUCAAGCCGGCGCAUCUAAGUUACAACGUCAAAGGGGAACCGCCUGUGUUUUCCGUCGCUGAGAUCAACAUCAUCCCUCUUGGUAUAAAUAUCAUUACCAUUUUCGCGACUCUUAUCAAUUCCUGGAUCUCGGACAGUUUACCAAGAUCGGCCAGAUGGCCCGGCAUGCUAUUUGCAUGCAUCAUGGCUAUUAUUUUCCCUACCGCGCUGGCCGCAACGCCUGUUCACCCACCAAACAGAGGAACACGUUGGGCCAUCUACUAUCUUACCUCUCUGGGUAGCACAGCAGCUGGCCUUAGCUGGACCUGGGUGAACGAGGUCAACAGAGACGACCCAGAGAAACGGGCGUACAUCUCCGCUAUGAUGAAUGCCUUUGCAUACAUUUUCACAGCCUGGGUCCCCAUUUUUACCUUCCCGACGAGCCAACAGCCGUACAUCGUCACUGGUAACUACAUCACAGCCGGUUUCGGUGCUGCAGCUGCCGUCACUGUUCUGGUGAUGCGAUAUCUACACGAUCGGGAUGUUGAGGUAAAAGAACGGUUGGAAGAUAAUGAUUCUGCCUAA